AUGGCAGAAACGUCGCACAACCCGUAUCCGCGAUCCCCCAAUCCUUCCACCAGGUCUUACGACUCGUCAUCUGUCUCGUCCGCAACGUCGCCACGGCCCACGUCGCGGUACCUUGGAAACAUGCUGAAUGCGGCGGCAAGGCCAACCCCGACAGUUGGCAUGACUUCUUUGCCCCCCGUGAACCAGGGCUUCCCGCCUUAUACGCCCAUGGCGCCGACGUCCAUCAUGGGCCGCGAGUCCGUCGCUUCCACCGACUCUCUAGUCAGCAGCCAAGGCCUUGGGAGCUCUCAACUGGCGGGAACUCCCGGCGCUCAAGGGCAGAAGAGGGCCUACCGUCAAAGGCGCAAAGAUCCCAGCUGCGACGCAUGCCGGGAGAGGAAGGUCAAGUGCGAUGCCACGGAGACGACGAGCUGCUCCGAAUGUUCUAGUCGAAAUGUCAAGUGCCAGUUUACCAAGGAAACGAAUCGAAGGAUGUCCUCCAUCAAGCAGGUGCAGGAUCUCGAGAAGCAGAUCGAAAAGGUCAAGCGGGACAACAGCAACCUGCGCCGAAUGCUCCAGGAGAAGGGCGGAGCCAUGGACAUGGACGUCGAGCCUAGAGACCGGCCAAGUUCUCAUCUACCGCCCCCUAUCGAGGCCGAGAGCAGACCGCGCAAGAGACAGCAGCCGGUUCCCAACCUCGCCCAAGCACGGGCAAACCUCCGAAGCGUCUCAAAGGGCGUCUUCAAGCCUCCGGCGCAGUACCGGGCGCCAGCGCCGAUAGUCUUUGACACGCCCGCUCCCGAACUGCCGCCCCGUCAGGUGGCUGAUCAGUUGCUCAACACCUAUUACAGUACCGCGCACACGAUGUUCCCCAUCAUUCAUUUACCAACAUUCAAGUCCAUGGUCGAGGAUCUGUACCGGGCAAGCCAGCCUCGCAUGCCGCCGGCUUUCUUGUGUCUGUUCUUCGCCGUGCUGGCGACCGGCAGCUUGUUUACUGUUGAGGUUCCAGCAACCGCCGCCAGCUAUUUCCGGCCAGCUGAGCUUUUGGAUUCGGCGCGGAAAGCCAUGGAUCCCUGGUGUAACUAUUACAGUCUCGACGACGCAAGGGCUUUGGUUCUCAUAACCAUCUGCCUCAACGAAAUGAACCUCAAGUCAGCCGCGUGGAACUGGCUGGGCAAUGCAGUGCGUGUUGGGCAGGACCUGGGCCUCUACAUCGACACGGAAACCUGGCCCGUCAUUGAGGGCGAGAUGCGGCGCCGGACCUGGUGGGCGAUCUAUAUCCUCGACAGGGUCAUGGCCACCGAGAUGGGCCACCCCUUUCUCAUUGACGAUGCUGACUGUAGCGUUGCGCUGCCUGCGGCCGUGGACGACCAGUACAUUCGAGACGAUGGGAUGAGAGUCCCUGGCGGAGCCGAGCCGCUGACUCACUCCCUCUUGGCUGUCAUCCACGUCGUGCGGUCCUACACGUCCAUUAUAAAGACAAUGGAGUCUCCCACGAUACCGCCAACGCAGCUCGCCAACUUCGAUACUCACUUCAAGAAGUGCCUUCACACCUUCCCUCCGGCCUGUGACCCCUUGAGCACCGUGGCUUUGGCGCCUCAUUUCCUGGCCCCCCUGACGUAUCUGUUCCAUGCGCGACUGCUUCUUCACCGCCAUAACUUGAACCCCAGUUGUGACGUGGAAACGCGGCUACGCGCCAUUGACAGCUGUAUGCACAUUGCCAUGGAGACGGCCUCGUUGCUGAACCGGACAGACUCCCCAGCUGAUGGUGCAACCUCUCUCUUGACGGCUCAUAUCUUCCGCUCUGCUCUAUUCCUGCUUUUUACGGAGAAUUGGGACUACGCCAUCACCUGCAUCCGCGCUCUGGCUGCCAUAGAUGCGAGACGCGACAUCGCCACUGCCUGCGGGAGGUAUCUUGCCUUCUUCACUUCUACUUUGAGUGUCAAGCGAGCCGAAUAUUCCAACCGCCUGACAAGAACGACGUCGCCCCAUGCUUACUCCGCUCCUCAGUCGCCGAUGAACUCGACACUCAUGUUCUCGUUGGCUAGAGACGAGGAGCUCCUGGCCUACGUCUCCUCCGACCUUCAUGCCUCGCCAUCGAGAUCCUGGGUCUGGACCGAAGGCCACGAUCGCGACUAUAUGUCGCCUAAGAUCGAGGCCCCCGUUGCCUCCGGUGGACUCGGGCAUGCGCUUUUCAGCGCAGCGAUGAGAACCGGCCUAAGCGACGAGGAGCGCAGAGAAUGGGGCGGGUGGUCUCAGCUGGAAGCAGCAGUUCGAGGCCUCGGGACGACUCAUGCCACGAGCAACUGGACAACUCUUCCCCCGCCUCAGGUGAAGCGGGAAUCGCCGGCCCCGGGCAUGCCAAGCAUCCAGCGUCUCUCGGAUGCGCCCCGUUACACGUCGGAAGUUCCCAAGUACGGCAAUGAACCGCCGCGACCUGCUGCUAGCCCCGCUGGUAGAGAUAGACUGAGCAUUGCGAAUAUCAUAUAA